UUUCACAUUGUAAAUAUUUGUUUUUAAUUCUACUUCUCAGUUAUGAAAUUGAAAGGUAGUUCCUUACAAAUAUAGGUAUUUCUGAUCAAACAUGUAAAUCAACUCAUUUUUCUAUAAAGCUGAGCGAUAUUGUUUUCAGAGCUGUAGAGGAGAUGUAGUCAGAAAAUGUUUAUUAUAAUAAAAUGAAUGAGGCUGUUUAAAAACUUAAAAAUUGCAACCUACAGGUCAUUGAUUGCACACGCUCUAAGAAUAGAAAAGACAACAAUGUAGGAGUUGAGUUUUUCAAGGCAGUCAGUCUGAAAAUGGCUGUCUUCAGGGUUGUUGCACUAUGUAGUCUGGUAGAAGUUUACCAACGCUUUGGAGGUCUUUGUUGCCUCAUUGCUGUGCAAGGACAUCUCAGAUAUUAGAUAAGGCAUUCUGGUCCUACUUUGCCCAUUUUAUCUUUCCUUUUACUGUGUAAUCUUCCCUUUACUUUUGCUUUUGCCCUUUUACUGCGCAAUACCCCAGUUUCAGAGGUAUUCUGCAUUAUAUAUAAAGGAAGCCUAGUGUGAAAGUUUGCAAAUUGCCAACAGAGGUGUUCUGCAUAGAUUUCAAGUUCUCCUUUCAUUCUUAUCCUGUUUAAUGACAGCUGGGUUUUGUAGUGCAUAGUGUUGUUUCUGCUUGCUGCAGUAGAGCAUGUUUUGGUUGUUACUUUGAACAGAAUAGGAUUUGUUUAGAUUCCAUAAAUUCUUCAUACUACAAUUAAAGAUGUGUAACAUAUCAUAAUAGGAGUACCAGCACUUAGGACCAAUAAAAUACCAGCGCAAAUAUAAUUUUACAGAUUGAUGUGUAUUUAAUUUUCUCUUGGAUGUGACUGAUAUUUCAACCUCCAUAUGUAGAUGGAUAUUUUGGACCGAAAUUUGCAUCAUGUUAUGAUAUAUGGAAAACAUUAAAUGUGGUGGUUUUAGUGGUGACGUGGCGGUAAUAGGGUCAUGUUUUUGUCGCAUGUUGAUAAUUAAAUUUAAAUUUGGCAUGUGAAAUAUUUGCAGAUUAGUAAUCCAUAAAUCCGUGAGAGUGCGUUAGUGUACCAUAUUAACUUUGUGCAGAAUGUAAUACCUAUAGUACAUUAAACCUGCUAUAUGUACAUAUUAGUUUUAAUAUUAAAUAUGCAUUAUUACUGUGUUCACUCAGUGUUUUAUUUAACAUUUUUUGUUAAAUAAAAAUAAAUUUGACAAUGUAUCGAUCUAUCGAGAGCGGUGAAAUUGUGUUUCCGGAUUACCGUGGAGGAAGGUGGAGUUUCUUAUCUGCUAAUAGUGUUUCUUUUCGUUAUAAAUUGUAUCAGCAUUUUAUAUUGUAUUAGGCAGUAAUGGCAGACACGACUGCAGAAGGUAUCGAGGAUCUCCACAUUAACACGCCAGAAGACGAGAAUGAAUCUAUUUACAGACCACCACCGGAGAAAACAAUUAAAGAAAUUCUCGAAACAGAUAAAGAAGAUGAAAGCUUGCGAAAAUACAAAGAAAAGCUUCUUGGUGAUGCCAAAACUGGAACUGUCAUUGUUGAACCAAAUGAUCCUCGCAAGGUGAUUGUGAAGAAGUUGGCAUUGUGUGUUCCGGAGAGACCUGACGUUGAACUUGACCUGACAGGUGAUAUUUCACAGCUGAAGAAACAGGUAUUUGUCAUCAAGGAAGGAGUUUCAUACCGCAUUAGGAUCGACUUCAUUGUACAGAGAGAAAUUGUACAUGGGCUGAAAUAUGUUCAGAAGACAUACCGGUUGGGGGUGCCAGUGGACAAGAUGUCUCACAUGGUGGGCAGUUACCUUUUUUUUACGCCUGCAGAGGAUGCUCCUGCAGGAAUAAUGGCACGUGGGAGCUACGCAGUACAGUCGUUGUUCACUGAUGAUGACAGACACGAACAUCUCAAGUGGGAAUGGAGCUUCGAGAUCAAGAAGGAUUGGAAGGACUGAGUGUGUGAUAUGACACAUUUACUCAGCUGCGAGCUGUUGACACAGAUGUGGAGAUAAGACUGUUGUGUGCUCGGUAUUGGUUUACUUACAUUUAAUUGAUAUGAUUUUUUUAUCCCUGCAUAUUUCUCUCUUGGUUGCAUUGUCUGUAAUUUCCUGUUGUAUUUUUACAGAUCGUUCACGUUGUAAUAUUUCUGGAUAACAUCAUUAGUUUGAAUGGGAAUUUAUAUGUUAGCAUCAGAGUUGUUUUUCCAAGUCCAGUAGGUAGAUGUAGAUCGAAGGUUUAGUGUUUUAUCCUUCUACUUCUUAAGGUCGAACCGAAAGAGAAAACUUGAAUGAUUCGUGUUUUGUCUUCCAUGUUUUCAUGUGUUGUUUAUUGCCAUGUUCUUUGAAAUUCUGGUGCCAGUAACUUGCCAGGCAGACACAGUUAUGCACAAAGCCUUGCAUGUGAGUAAAUGUCAUAUAGUGGUUUUUUUAACAUGAUUUACUUCGUAGGCCUUACUAUAUCACUAUGUUCCAAGAUGUAAAUAAAAAAGAAAAACAAAUUUUGAAAAUAUUGAAUUAUUCAUUUAGGAAUUGAAAAAGUUUAACUGUAGUUCUGAAUAGAUACCUAAGUGCAAUUUGAUGGUUCAUAUAAGAAUUCCAAAGAACUGAGAUCCAUGUUUUAGUGAUAAUCUUUCAGGUCAUGAAGGGACAUUCUGGUUGUCUUGUGGGUCAUGAUUGUUCCAGGAGAUUGUGCUAUAAGAAUCAAAUAUUAAAUAUUGAAAAGCAUUUAAUUUGUUGCCAACUGAACUGGACUAAUCAAAAGUUUACUUGAGGUUAUGUUCAUAUUGGUAAUAUUGUCAUUGGUGGCUUAGCUUUCUAAAGUAGCAGUUUCAUACACCCUCACCUUCAUCAACUGUCAUGUUCUCUCUCUUGGCUGUUCAGAAGUUUAGUUUAUAGUUUAUUCUCUUGAAACAUUCUCUGGCAGCUAGUCCAACAUUAAAGAUGUGAAGCUCUGCCAUGACUGCCUGAUUCAUCUUUAUGGGCCCGUUCAUAAUCUUGGGGACAACUUUGCCCCUUUCUCCACCGUCUGUACAUGUGAAAUGUUUUUCCAUAGGGCUCUCUUUCGCAAACCGUUCAGGGGAGUAAAAGUAUCACUUCAGGUUAGAGUACCCUCAUUUUGUAUAUGCAUUCGUACUGAUGUUCCAUAAAACAUUGGUCUUCAUAUUCAGUUAUUACAAAGCUAAUGAACAGUACAGGAUGAUGAGAAUUUUUUCAGACAAGAUGUGUACAUUGUGCAAAAAUGGUUAGAAGAAAAAAAUGUAGCCGGAUCCAGACGUGGAGCUCAGUGUUCCACUUGCUCCCCAUAGCAACAAUGCCACUGAAACUUCCUUUUCAUAAUAUGUGUUUGGCAUUGAGGUUGGUCAUUUUCUUGCAGUAAAUUGCUCAAAAGUUCCUAAUCAUAUCUCAGUACUUAACUCUGCUUCAGACAUUGCAUUUUAACUUUAUGCUGUGAGUAAAUAGAACCUCAAAGAUGUGCUUUGAACAGAUAGUUUGAAAUUGAAGUUUACAGUACUACCAAUCUUGACAAUAAUGCCCUGCUCUCAAGUAACUCUUGGUAGUAGUAUUAUGUACAUUUUCUUUUAAAAUAAGAGAGAUAUUGGUAGUUGCACAAAGUGUAAUUCUAGACUUUCAGUACAGUAUUUUGAAGUAUUUUGUCAUUAAAUAGUUCCGAUAUACAGUAGACACAGUUCAGCUGGAGUCUUGGUGUUUCUGUCAUAACAGUCUGCAUUUUUUUAAAAACAGUGGUGCUUGAGAUUCUGCAAGUUACCUGCAGUAUACCAUGUAUUUAAUUGUUGCUACUUUAUAUCAAUAAAGCAGAAAACAUCGCACCUGGAGAUAAAAAGAAUGAAUUAGUGCUUCGGUAUUUUGCAUGACCUUUUCAUACUUGUGUAUUUCUCUAGAUUAUGAUAACGUAAUUCAUAAUGGAUUUACUGUUGAUUAAUAUUCCUUGCCUUAUGAAAUUGUAUUUUUACCUUUUUCAACAGAGAUAACUGAAUAAUUUAAAAUGAUAUAUAGUGUAUGUGAAAACAUUUAGUUUUCUAUGAAUAGUAUAUUGAAGACUAUCAAAUUACUUGUUAAGGAGAAUACAUGCCAUAUAUAUACACAGUGUAACUAACUUAUUGUGAAUGUAGGUGUAAAAUACUAAAACAGUACUGAAUGUGCUGGUAGAUUAAUGUUUGACAUUUAUGUGAUAUAUCUUUAAAUUUAAUGAAAACCUGCUUGGUGCUUAUAUUUGAAGAGUGUUGUCAUGGGCAGUGUAUGUGAUGUAUGCCAGUAGGUAAAGGAGUGGUUUCUUUGUGUUUUAAACUGCUGUGGCUUGGAUACAGCUGAUGAUGAGAGAAUGCUGAGGUUUUGGUAUAAUUAAUAGCAAUUAUAAGGAAUUUCUUUUGUGAUACUGUGUCAGCUGCUGCAUUCAUUUGACACUGAUGUUCACAACUUCAUGUUUUUUUAUAAAGCAUUGUGAUGUAGUGCA